AUGGUAAAAAUUGCUCCCUAUGUCCCAGAAACACUCGAGGGCUACCGUGGCCAGCGUGAGCUCCUCUCCGUCGUGCACCACGCCUUCCAAGGUAAGUGUGCUCUUGCGCAGGCACUGCUAAUCGUUCAUUCGGUCUUCUCAGAACCUAACGUCGUAUCUACGUUAGCACAUAAAGCGUACUAUGAGGCAGGUGUUCUACACGGGCGUAUCAGCGGCCACGUCAUCAUGCGCAUCCCGCACGAGACGCAGAACGAUACCACACGAGGCAUCCUCCUCGACCUUGACAGCUCUUACAACUCGAAGCGGCGCGCAUCAAAGCUUGUGUCAAGGACGAGAGCCUCGCCCAAGUCUAGGGAAGAGUCAAAGGCGAAUGCUGAAGAGAGCAAGAGAGCAGCAGAACAGUACGAGAAAAAUGCAAGUGCAAGUGAUGCCAUGCCCGGUAGAGGAAUGAAGAAGUGGUUGGCAGGCCAGUGA